AGCCAUCUUUCAAUUGUGCUCUCAGCCGCCGUCGCCCGCAGCAGCUUUAGCGUCUCCUCGCUCUUCCUUGCCUGCUCGGCAACCGCGCUCAGCCUAAGCGGACGGGGGGGCUGCAUGUCGUGAUUGUUUCCAUUUUGUUGGGGAUGAGUUUGCCAGCGAGAGGCGCUUGGGAGCGAGGCAGCCUCCGGACUGGCAAUUGUACAGGCAGAGGCAGCACCGAAAAACCUGACCCCCCAAAAGUGUAAGGAAGAGAAGUUCGCGGGAUCAUGGCUCGUACCAAGCAAACUGCCCGUAAAUCCACCGGUGGGAAGGCGCCCAGGAAGCAACUCGCGACAAAAGCCGCUCGCAAGAGUGCGCCCUCUACUGGUGGGGUCAAGAAACCCCAUCGCUACAGGCCAGGUACUGUGGCUCUUCGUGAAAUCAGGCGUUAUCAGAAGUCAACUGAACUUCUGAUCCGCAAACUUCCUUUUCAGCGCCUGGUGCGUGAAAUUGCUCAGGACUUCAAGACAGAUCUGCGUUUCCAGAGCGCAGCUAUUGGUGCUUUGCAGGAGGCAAGUGAGGCCUACCUGGUUGGCCUGUUCGAAGACACCAACCUGUGUGCUAUCCACGCCAAACGUGUCACAAUCAUGCCAAAAGAUAUCCAGCUAGCACGCCGCAUACGUGGAGAGCGUGCUUAAAUUGUUCUAAGAUGGAUUUGUCAUUCUCAAAACAAAAUAAAUCUCUUCUUCCUGUUAUUGGUAGUAAUGAACGUUAGAUAUUUUUUUCAUGGGGUUAAAAGGUACCUAAGUAUAUGGUUGCAAAAAGGAAAAAUAGAGGACAGAAUCGGGUAUUGGCAAGCUCUCUUUCAUUUUCAUUUGUGUGUGGAUUUUUAAUAUAAACGUGGAGACAUAUAAUGCAUUAUUGCUAUCAAAAACCAUUUCAGUGACAUACUUCAGCAGUUCAACUUUAUAAAUAUGCCAGUCAAACUUUUCUGGACAAUGCCAGCAUUUGGAUUUUUUAAAAAAAUAGGUAAAUUUCUUAUUGAUGGCAACUAUAUGGUGUCUGUAACAUUUUUAUCAUACAGUAGAUUCCAUCCAUUCACUAUACUUUUCUAAGUUGUCCUACAUGCAAGUACAUGUUUUUAAUGUUGUCUGUCUUCUGUGCUGUUCCUGUAAGUUUGCUAUUAAAAUACAUGAAAUAA